AUGUUAAUGACAGGUUCCGUUGGCGACGGUAGUGAAUUCGAUUGGGAAGACCAAAAAACUUUCAUCUCUAGAGAUGGCGGUUUAACGUGGAGAUUUGUUCAUAAUUCUUCUGGGUUAUAUGCUACUGGUGACCUGGGAAAUAUUAUUGUGUAUAUCCCAUAUGAUCCAGAGGAAGAUGGCGAUUUUCAAUCUGAAUUUUAUUAUUCUUUGGACCAAGGUAGAACAUGGAAUGAAUAUGAGCUGACCAAUGCCAUAAGUUCUGUCCAUCCCUACAAAUUGAUAAAUCCAACACCAGAUGGAUCUGGCUCAAAAUUUAUUUUUAAAGGAACGUUUGCCACUACCGAUUCCGAAACCAACAGUAUAACUUCUUUAAAAGGUGUCGAGUAUAUAAUUGAUUUUUCAGCAGCAUUCGACUCUAGAACGUGUGAGGAGGAAGAUUUUGAAGAUUGGGAUUUGGCGGAUGGGAAAUGUGUUAAUGGCGCCAAAUACAAGUAUAGAAGGAGGAAACAAGACGCCCAGUGUUUGGUAAAAAAAGCAUUCAAAGAUUUGAGUUUAGAUGAAACGCCUUGUAAUAGUUGUGGUGAAUCCGACUACGAAUGUUCGUUUGAAUUUGUUAGGGACGCAAACGGCCUGUGUAUACCAGAUUAUAAUCUGAUUGCCUUUUCCAACAUAUGUGACAAAUCGAAGGAUAAAUCUGUGUUAGUAGAGCCAUUACAAUUAAUCAAAGGUGAUGAAUGUAAAACACCCAUGAAAAUUGAACCCGUUGAUAUUCCGUGUGACGAAAUUCCAGAGGAGGGUUCGAGUGACAGGGAAAUAGUGACCACUGAAAACAAAUUUGACUUCGAAAUUAAAUUUUACCAAUACUUCGAUACAGUUGCCGACGAAUCUUUGGUCAUGCUGAAUUCGAUAGGAGACGCCUAUAUAUCCCACGAUGGUGGACAAACAAUAAAAAGGUUUGACACUAACGGCGAAAAAAUUGUUGAAGUUGUGUUUAACCCAUAUUUCAAUUCUUCAGCAUAUUUGUUUGGCUCUAAAGGUAACAUAUUCUCAACACACGAUAGAGGACACUCUUUUAUGAUAGCUAAAUUACCUGAAGCCAGGCAAUUAGGUAUGCCACUAGAUUUUAGUGCUAAAGCACAGGAUACUUUUAUUUACUAUGGUGGCAAGAAUUGUGAAUCAAUCUUAAGUCCAGAAUGUCAUGCAGUAGCAUACCUCACCAAAGAUGGAGGUGAAACUUUUACAGAAAUGCUUGAUAAUGCAAUUCAUUGUGAGUUUGCAGGCACACUCUUUGAAUAUCCGUCAAAUGAGGAGAUGGUUAUGUGCCAAGUAAAAAAGAAGUCUUCAGAAACAAGAAGCUUGGUUUCUUCGAUAGAUUUUUUCCAAGGUGAUAAUAAAAUUAUCUUUGAAAACAUUAUCGGCUACUUGUCCACUGGUGGCUAUAUUAUUGUUGCCGUACCUCAUGAAGACAAUGAGUUGAGGGCAUAUGUAACUAUUGAUGGUACUGAGUUUGCCGAGGCAAAAUUCCCGUAUGGUCAAGAUGUUAGUAAGCAAGAGGCAUUCACUAUUUUAGGAUCUGAGAAAGGAUCGAUAUUUUUACAUUUAGCAACAAACUUAGAAUCAGGACACGAUUUUGGAAACCUUUUGAAAUCCAACUCGAAUGGUACUUCUUUUGUCACUUUAGAGCAUGCCGUUAAUAGAAACACAUUCGGUUAUGUCGACUUUGAAAAAGUUCAAGGUCUUGAAGGUAUUAUUAUUACCAACAUCGUUUCGAAUAGGGAAAAGGUUGGAGAGAACAAGGAAGACGAACAAUUGAAGACGAAAAUCACCUUUAAUGACGGUUCAGAUUGGAACUUUUUGAAGCCUCCAAAGAAGGAUUCGGAAGGGAAAAAGUUUCCCUGUGAUUCUGUAUCAUUAGAUAAAUGUUCUCUACAUUUGCAUGGUUACACUGAACGUAAGGAUAUCAGGGAUACAUAUUCCUCCGGUUCCGCGUUAGGAAUGAUGUUUGGUGUCGGAAAUGUUGGCGAUAAGCUUCUACCAUAUGAGGAGUGUUCCACUUUUUUAACCACUGAUGGAGGAGAGACGUGGACUGAGGUUAAAAAAGGCCCCCAUCAAUGGGAGUACGGUGAUCAUGGUGGAGUCUUGGUUUUGGUCCCCGAAAACGCAGAAACUGAUUCUAUUUCUUACUCCACCGAUUUUGGUAAAACAUGGAAAGAUUAUAAAUUCUGUGGCGACAAAGUCCUCGUAAAGGAUAUAAUCACCGUUCCCAGAGAUUCUGCUUUGAGGUUUUUGCUAUUUGGAGAAGCAAAAAACAUGGGUAGUGGUUCAUUCAGAACGUAUACAAUUGAUUUUAGAAACAUCUUCGAGAGGCAAUGUGAGUUUGAUAUUACGGGUAAAAAAAGGGCAGAUUUUAAGUACUCUCCUCUGGGUUCCAGAACUGGUUGUCUAUUUGGUCAUCAAACCGAGUUUUUACGUAAAACCGAUGAAAAAUGUUUUAUUGGGAAUAUUCCACUUUCUGAAUUUUCGAGGAACGUCAAAAACUGUUCAUGUACGAGGCAAGAUUUCGAAUGUGACUAUAAUUUUUAUAAAGCCAGUGAUGGUACUUGUAAAUUAGUCAAAGGCUUAAGUUCGGCGAAUGGUGCCGAUAUCUGCAAAAAGGAACCCGACUUAAUUGAAUACUAUGAUUCCUCUGGCUAUCGAAAAAUUCCCUUAUCAACCUGUAAAGGUGGGCUGAAAUUGGAUGCACAUUUAGCACCACAUCCUUGUCCGGGAAAAGAAAAGGCAUUCAGGGAAAAAUAUUCUAUAAACACCGGCGCUUAUGCGCUGGUUUUUGUUACAAUUCUUCUCGUUAUUUUCUUUGCCGCAUGGUUUGUAUACGAUAGAGGUAUCAGGAGAAAUGGGGGAUUUUCAAGAUUUGAAGAAAUAAGAUUAGGAGACGAUGGGCUGAUAGAAAACAAUAGGACCGAUAGAGUUGUCAACAUCAUUGUAAGACUAGGAUUAUGCAUUUCUUUAAUUACCAAGUCUGCAUUUCAACGCACGAAGGCAGGUGUAGCACGCUUUUCUUCAAAAUUAAGGGCAAGGUUUGGCAACAGAAAAGGUCCUACUUACUCUUCGCUGCUUCAGGGUCAGUUUUCAGAUGAAUCAGAUGGCUUGCAUGAAGAUGCUAACGAUUUAUCCAGUUUCACAAGUCAAGACAGUAAUUUUGAAAUUGAACAAGAAGAUGCUUACAGACCCGAACAAGAGCACACGUCACAGAUAGACCAGCCUGCCACUAGCAAUAUUCCAGACGCAUUGCCAGCACGUAGUGCUAUUCACAAGCCUGAUUCAACUGCUGUGCGCAACGAGGACGAGUAA